AUGUUCUCUUCUAACAAAGUGCGCGCCGCGCAGAUAAAGAUUCGCAAGAAGAAGAAUGUCAAGAAGGGAAUUCAAUUCUCGAUAAUGGUGAUUGGCGCAUCUGGCACUGGCCGGACCACAUUUGUCAACACUCUCUGUGGUCGACGAGUCCUCCAACCCAAAGACGCAGAUGACGCAGCCAAUGCCCACCUUGAGGAAGGCGUGAGAAUCAAGCCAGUAACAGUUGAGCUUGAACUGGACGAAGAAGGUACACGUGUCUCAUUGACAAUCGUGGACACCCCCGGCUUUGGUGAUUCAAUCGACAACGAAGCCUCCUUCGGCGAAAUUGUUGGCUACCUCGAGAGGCAAUAUGAUGACAUCCUUGCCGAAGAAUCUCGUAUCAAGCGUAAUCCCCGAUUCCGCGACAAUCGUGUGCAUGCCCUUCUCUAUUUCAUCACUCCAACAGGCCACGGCCUCCGAGAAUUGGAUAUUGAAUUGAUGAGACGCUUGUCACCACGUGCCAAUGUCAUCCCUGUCAUUGGUAAAGCGGACUCUCUGACGCCUGCCGAAUUGGCCGAAUCGAAGAAAUUGGUCAUGGAAGACAUUGAGCACUACCGCAUCCCGGUCUACAAUUUCCCGUACGACAUCGAAGAAGAUGACGAAGACACUGUUGAGGAGAAUGCGGAGCUACGGGGAUUGAUGCCCUUUGCAAUUGUGGGAUCAGAGGAUGUGAUUGAGAUCGGUGGCCGUCGUGUCCGAGCUCGACAAUAUCCUUGGGGUAUUGUUGAGGUGGAUAACCCACGCCACUCUGAUUUCCUGGCCAUUCGCAGUGCCCUGCUACACUCGCACCUUGCAGAUCUCAAGGAAAUCACACACGACUUUUUGUACGAAAACUACCGAACUGAGAAGCUGAGCAAGAGUGUGGAUGGUGGCGUAUCCGGCCAAGAUUCGUCGAUCAACCCCGAAGACCUUGCCAACCAGUCAGUUCGUCUGAAGGAGGAGCAACUGCGCCGUGAAGAGGAGAAACUCCGGGAGAUUGAGGUCAAGGUGCAGCGAGAGAUCAAUGAGAAACGACAGGAGCUCCUCGCGCGAGAGAGCCAACUGCGCGAGAUCGAGGCGCGGAUGCAGAGAGAACAAAGUCAAGGGAUGGACGACCUGAAUGGACAUGGAGGCCUCCACCAGCAAGAGUAA